GCUCUUUUGCACAGCACCAACUACCACAAUGCUUGCCGACAUGUUCGACCCGAUCCCAUACGCAGCGACGGCUCUCAAGACCGAGUCGUUCGACACAUACGAGCUCGACGAGCUCAUCCAGCACACGAGCUUCAUCGACGACGCGCAAGCCUACUACCCGUCGUACCCGCACCACUACAUGCAAGCGGCCUACACGCCCUUCCAAGCCAUUAGCUACCAGUGCUUGCCCGUCCCGCUCACGCGCACGACGACCGAGAUGAGCGACUCGAGUGCGUGCACCGACCACGACCAGUACUGCCCACCGCGGAAGCUCUGCGCUGUCUUUGGCUGCCACCGCAACGUGCGCUCCAAGGGCUUUUGCAAGCGCCACGGCGGCGGCAAGCAGUGCUGCAUGCACGGCUGCGUCAAGGAAGCCCAAAACGGCAACUACUGCAUCGGCCACGGCGGCGGCAAGUGCUGCAAGAUCGACGGCUGCUCCAACGCCGCGCAGUCCCAGGGCCUCUGCAAGGCCCAUGGCGGCGGCGCCGCUGCAAGGCGGCGGUUUCUGCCGCUCCACGGCGGCGGCAAGCGCUGCCUCGAGCCUGGCUGCACCAAGGGCGCCCAGCGCGGCAACAAGUGUGCGAAGCACGGCGGCUGCCGGACGUGCACGGUCGACGACUGCGUGCGCACGGACCGCGGUGGCGGUCUCUGCGAGAUUCCACCGCAAGGACAAGAUCGCCUCGGCAAGACCAUGGGCAUGUGUACGCCGCACGUCCGUGAGUUCCGCAACAAGUUUCCGACGCCGUCGCUGUGA